AAAAAAAUCAAAGGGCGAUGCGUCUUGAGAAUCAGUUCACUGGCUCCAAACCUCAGUGACGUUGGAGGCCCAGCUUUAAAUUCCAGCUCCGGGUUUUCAGGUCGCUUUAUCGUCAGGCGUUUCUCACUGACAAAUAGUUCUCGGUUCGGUCGUAAGUGGUUAUUUUCCUCGAGAUCAGGCUGGGCUUUCCUCAGUUCGGCCAUUCGUUAUUCCAUCCGCUGACUUGUUUCUUCUUUCAUUUCAAAAGAGAGGGGGGGGGAAAAGGGAGAAAUGUCUGUGGAAGAAGUGAAAGAAGCACCGUUAGAGCAGGAGCCUCAGCAAGAAGCCAAAGAGCCGGAGCCAGCGGUUACAUACAAAGCCAUUGUGCUCACUGGCUUUGGGGGCUACGAUAAAUUGAAAGUGGAGCUCAAAAAAGAUGUCCCCGCUCCGAAAUCAGGCGAAAUCUUAGUGCGAGUCAAGGCUUGUGGCUUGAAUUUCGCCGAUUUGAUGGCCAGGCAGGGUCUCUAUGAUAGACUCCCGUCCUCCCCGCCGUUGGUCCCAGGCAUGGAGUGCUCCGGGGUGGUGGAAACCAUCGGAGAGGACGUGACCGACAGAAAGGUUGGUGACCGUGUUGUUAUAAUGAACAGAGCAGGAUUAUGGUCCGAACUGGUUGUGAUUCCUGUCAGUAGUACCUUCCUGAUGCCUGACGGGAUGAGUUUUGAAGAUGCUGCUGCCAUUCCUGUCAAUUAUAUCACUGCGUACAUGAUGAUCUAUGACUUUGCAAAUCUGCGUCCAAAUCAGAGCAUUCUCAUCCAUAUGGCAGCUGGAGGUGUGGGGACUGCUGCAACGCAACUGUGUAAAAUAGUUAAAGAUGUGACUAUCUUUGGAACUGCCUCAGCAUCUAAACAUGAACUCAUCAAAGAACAGGGUGUGACUCAUCCCAUCGACUAUUCUACCUUGGACUAUGCUGAAGAAGUUAGAAAGAUAUCCCCUAAUGGUGUUGACAUUGUUUUGGAUCCCCUGGGUGGAGGUGACACAACUAAAGGCUUUAACUUGCUCAAACCAAUGGGAAAAAUCGUACUUUACGGUGCAGCCAACCUUCUGACUGGACCGAAACGGAAUCCAUUAGCUAUGGCAAAGUUGUGGUGGAAUAAAUUCACUGUUAAUAGCUUGCAGCUGUUGCAUUCCAAUAAAGCUGUGUGUGGCUAUCAUCUGGGCUACCUGCAAGCUGACCAGGUUCAGGAUGCUGUCACCAAUUUGUUUUCCCUGUACAAAGAAGGGAAAAUCAAGCCUCGAAUAGACUCUGUGUGGUCAUUUGAACAGAUUGGAGACGCUAUGAAGCAAAUGCAGGAACGCAGAAACAUUGGGAAAGUUAUUCUGGUCCCAGAAGCAAAGAAGGCUGAAAAUUAGUCUGACUGGGCUUCUAAUAGAAGGCAGGAAAUAACAUUUGUAAAUUUAGCUCAGUGCUAACCUUUUAUGACCUGAAGAUGGACAGAUGACUAAUUUAAGCUUGAAGCAGGGAAGCAAAUCUUGACUGAUCUUUGUAAUCAGGUGCAUUUAGUGCUGAUUUGCUGCUUGCAAGUUACCAUCCUGUUAGUAGGCCUUUCACACAGCCUUUUUAUCUUUCUCCAGUCUCCAAUGAAUUAAAUUUUUUUUAAAAAGUUGACCAUCUCUGGCUGGCCAACUGUCUCACGUAGUUCUGUGAUGGUGCCCCUUUUUUCUUCAAUGACUCCAACCUAUUGUGAUUAUAAUCCAUGUAGAUCAAAGAUCCAAAAUGUUGGAAUAAUUGUGUUGAAUCUUUCAGACUGAGCCACAAAUUGACUACUUGUGUGGACAGCAUGGAAUUAUAAGAUGUUUUGAAGCUUAAUUGGCUUUAUCAUACAUCUACACUAACAAUGUCUGACUUCCAGGAGCUGCUGAAUAUGUAAUUUGUGUGUAAUGUAUGUCCACUUACCCUUUUUUAGUUUUUUUGUUUGAUUCAAUUACUUGCUAUUUCACCCUAUCAAAUUCCAUCUGUCCAUGUAUAAAACCUUAAAGGGUUAGUACUAAAUGGUUCACAGAUAAGAGCUGGUUAAUCAAUUUUGAACCUGUGGAAAUAUUAGCUGUAUGGGGUUUUAAAGACUCCUUUUACUUCAACUAUCACACAACCGUGUGUUUUUUUGUGCCAGAGUUCUAGCUGGGACUGUACACAGAUCCAGGCUACUUGACUUGGCUCAGCAAUAGUCCAGAGCCAGUGAAUAACAAGUUGUCGCCCCACAAGCACCACCAGUGGCAUUAGUUUUCGUAAGGUAACCACUAACUCCUUCAUUGGAGUCUGAUCUUACUCCACUUGAUAAUUAUGACUCAAGUUGAAGCUGUUUUGAGCCUUUUGGCAUACUACUAAUAACUUAAAACGUGUUUAAUUUCUUCUGACAACCAUCUGAAACUAGACAUUUGCUUCUAUUUUGAGUUUUUUUAAUAAAAAUUCUGCCUGGAAUGAUCAAAACCUGGAGGAGCUGCACAUUCCCGGUUAUAACAUAGCUAAAGGCAAUGAUUUAUUUCUCCACUGUUUGGUUUUUAAUAUGUAAUUCAGAUCAGUGAUUUUCUUGUCUGAGGUCUCUGUCCAACAUACUUCUACCUUCAUCCAUUUUUAAAUCCCAUUCAAAAAGGCAGUGCUACUUAAUGCUGAUAUGUUCCAAGGUGCACAUCGGACAUGUACAAGUCCAAUCACCGUAACCAUGUUUCUUUGCGCUUACUUUAUAAUUUGUCUGUUUUACAGCAGAUCAACCUGCCAUUCCCUAGAUGAUGCAAUUCAAUAGAUGCCUCUGGCUUUAAUGACAGUAGACAGUGCAGUGGUAAAUGCUUAUAGCAGUUGGAGCUAAGACAUUUGAUGUGCUAAUCUAAAUCCACAUUUAGGGAGUAUAAUGAAUUCUGAUGACCGCAUCUUAGACUGUUGCCUCCAACUGUUUAGGAUCUAUCCUGGAAUAGUCAAAUCCCAUUUAUGUGCAUACAUUGGGUUUUAUUUUCUUUACAAGGGAAAAUCCACAGUAAAGCAAAGUAAUUCUGAAUAGUUUAUUAAUGCUAUACACAUCCAAGACUGGCCUUUUAAAUCCGAAAAGAAAAUUUGACAGGAGGCCAUUAGUGACUCAGUCAAUAAAUCACCAAGACCAAUGUAAGUUAUUCCCUCUUGCUCUGCUUGCAUUACAAAAGAGCAUAAAGUUUGAUUCAGUGGGCUUAACUGCUCAACCUCUUGCUAAAUGUGUACACUGCCCGUGUGGAAACAUAUACAAAGAGUGCAUUACUGCAAUAGGAAUCUAACAGUGGCACCAUCUUGACUGACUCCUGUGCUUAAGGAAUGGAUUCCACAACAAAGGACUUCAUCCUGCUCAUAGCCAAAUCCUUGUCUUUACUGUUGGAUCUGUGCCAAGGUAGUAUCUGGAUUUUAUAAAUUCCGUCAUCCAUCUCUGAGGCUUCAGGCUGAGUGUCGCUAAGACUUAUCAGUAAGGCCGUCUCCACCUUUUUCUGCGCAGAGCACUUGGUUGAUUAUUUAACAUGCAGGUCUGAAUUUGGUGCUGUUUGACAAGACAAUAUGCCAAGUAUUCUUUACUAAGAUUAAGCUUCACAACCAUUUAUAAUUGUGUCUUGUCUGCCAGAGGUCAUCUCUGCCUAUUGAAUAUUCAAAUACCUGCCAAAUUUAGAGUACAAAUCCAGUGCCUUGUGAAAACUUUUAACUGGUUUUAUUGUGUUCUCCCUGGAUAAAUCUACAGAAAGCUACCUCUUGGUAGAUUCCAAGGCACAAACUUUUUUAAGUGCAUUUUUUCAAUAGCUGGUGAAAUAUUUGACAGUAUUGUGAUCUUUAAUGGCCAAUUUUUAGUUCUACUCAAUUUCUAACUUUGAGGCCAUGCUUUGUUUGAGGCUCUGUAGGCAACGCUUUUGGGUCCUAGGAAGUUUUAUACUUGGUGGUGUUACAUUUUUGAAAAGUUGGAUUCUGGAUCUGCAGCCCUGUUUUUUUUUCUUUUUUUAAAAAGUAAACCUUUGCUUUCCCAGACACUCGACACAUUUUAGGCUUUGUCAAAGUGGCUAAACCAGCAGAAGAGGAGUGUGUUCCAGACUUGGGCUUUCCUGUAAACUGUCAUAUGGUUUGAUAUCUCUAAUGUUCAUCAUAAUUUUUACCCCUGCUGAAUGUACAAUCUUAACCACUUGCUGUUUUACAAUAAUUGUGUCAAAAUCCUCAAUCUGUAUUAAAGACAGAGUGAAGCCUCUUUCUGCAUCCAAUAAUUUGACAGAAUUCCAGCAGAUGAUGAAAGUUUGGUCAGUCUGGGCUACCUCAUCCUCCGUACCUGUUGUACGUUAUCAUGUGGUCAGCAACAUAGUGAUGAACAAGCUGUUACCCACUUCCCAAAUCAAAGAAUAGCCUUGACAGUAAAAUCAUGAAAUUGUCCUAAUCCUGCAGUGCCGUGUUUGUGGAUUCUGAUGAAGAGUGGGUUAAUACCUGAUUUGAAGAAGGAAACUGUUUGGGAGUUGAUGAUGGGAAGCAAGGGGUAACUAUAAGAAAAUGGACUCUUCAGUUAAACGUCCAACUAAUGUUUGGAAUCCUUUUGACUGCGAGGUUUAAUUGAUAGGAUAAUCUGCUAUGCUAUACUCCUUGUCACAUGUGGCCUUACUACCCUACUCCUUUAUUCAUGUGCUAUAAGUUUGUAUCUUAAGAAAUUAGAGAAAACUGAGUUCGGGCACAUUCCUGCGAUUUGAUUUUUGUUUUUGUAUUUUUUAAACUGUGGUGUGAAAGGGGAACUAUCCUGUUUACCAAAUAAAAUCUACAACCUUGCAGAAGUAACUGGGGACCAAAGAAUAUUUGAGCAUUUGGAAUCUUUGCAAUUUGCCCAAGUGGACAGAUGAGUUUUUUCAUUAAUUUUAUACAGGUAACAAUUGAGAAAUUGACUUGUGUGGUAAGCUGGAGAGGGCACACAUUUUUUUUCUUUCGUUAACCAAUGGACCAAUUGGAACACAUGGGCAAUUAAUCAAGUUAUUUAAUAGCAACUUCUUUCUUGUGACUUGGGCAAGUGGGAAGUUACGAGUGAUCUGAUUUUGUUUGUUUAUUUCACAGGCCAUUUUGCUUUAACUUUUUUUUUCUGUUCAAUCAACUGUUUCACUCAAAUAGCCAACCAAGACAAUGUAAGAUUCUUCCAUUCCUUCCCAUUUGCUGUCUUUUUGUUUAAGAUCAGGCUCAGUGUGGACCAUCUCGCUAAUUCAUUUGCAGUGCAAAGGGUUGUGGUCAAAAUUUGCAAUCUAUUUCUUCUUUUCCCUUAGCCACUUUCUGAACUGCACUGAUCUGUUCAGCCAGAAGGGCCUAAAGUUAGUCCCAGGUUUAUGCUGAACUGACUCACCUGUAGAAGAUGCAGCUGGCUUUUGUACACAUGGAUUUAGAGACUUUAAUCAGUCCCCCAUCCUGUUCAAACAUGGCAACGCAGUCUCAAAAGGCAUCAGACUAUGAUUCUACCUCCAAUCUUUUUUUGUUUUGUCGACCUUCCAUUUCUUUUCUGUUUCUCAGACAUUUCACCUUUGCCUAUAUUUCAUGGAAUAGCAGGAAAAAAACUUUGGUAUUCCACUCAUCUGUCCACUGAGGUAGUCUGAAACUUUGUAUACACAAUGCUUUAUUUAAAGCUGAGCCUGAGCAACAGCUCAAAUGUCUUGAAACUUACUAAAAAUGUGCCAAUAUGACUUGUGAAAACCAGGGGACCGGUUGGUUCUGAAUGUGAUUUGAAUGACGUGAUGGAAUUUGAGAUCCAUUUCUGUGGUUAGGCUUGAUGUCAGUUAAAGGAAGGGACUAAUGUUCCAAAUAAAACUUUGUCCAUUAUCAGGAUUUAAAAGGGCCAAAUCUGCCUUCGUGUGGCUUGUUAUGUAACCCUGCAAUCUCUGAUUUACAGUUGCAAGUCCCUUUUUUGAUUAGGGUCUGGAUGUACAUAUCCCAGCUGCUCUGGGGCAUUCUGAUUCCAAUAACAUCUAAAUUGCAAAGACACAUCAACUUUGUAAAGUCUGUUGUAGUUCUGCUUUGGUCAUCUGGUGUUUGAACACUUCUGUCUUGAAUAGGGAACAAUUUUGAGUUUUGUGUAUGGUUCUUGCUACUUUUUCAAGUAUUUACACUUGCAUGAUUCUUCAGUGUGCAUGUGUAUGGAGGUAAUUUUAUUUUGUGAAGUAGGAUUUCUGACUUGUCCUGAUUUUUGAUGCAUCCGAGUGGCUUAAUCAGUAACUUGGGAGCACAAACCCAUUUAGUGUAUGACUAGAGAAACAUAUAGAUCUGACUGGGUGAGGGCAUGCAUGAACUAAUUAAUGGGAGAGCUGUGGCCUUCUCAAUUUAUCUAACUGGAACUCCUUUUAUUUGUUGAGGCAUGUCAGUAAUGUUACCUGACUGACAAUGGCAGCUUGUCAACUUCCAUCCUCUAAUAUUGCACCUCUACAAUGCACAUUUCAGGUUCAUGUCGUGUUUAAUCCUUCCCAUAAGUUAGAUCCUCCACUCUUACUCGGCAUAGAGCUCAUUUCAUUCUUCGCUACCUUUUCUUUUUCCCAAGCUGGUAACCUUCCACUAUAUGUAACAGAGAUUAUGGCUUCAUCUAACGAGUUUAGAGGACUGUUUUUGAUCCGAUCACUCAUAACGUUUUACCUGAUUAUAUCGAUAAAACUAUAUCAGUGUAACUACAACUUAUUCCUGCUUUUGGCCCAUACUUGGGUAUUGUAGCCCCGUGGAAUUUUGAUUCUUCUUGUUGGCUUUUCAGAGGCUGGACGUUUUCCUUUAUCUGGAACCAUCAGAAGUCCAGGUGCUGAAUCGGGAUGCUAUGCAUACUGCUUAAUCAGCUGUACUGUAAAUUGGAAUAGAAAGAAUGUCCACACUAAAACUUCUGACAUUUUUCAUGCAUUUUACUUCUGAUCCCUAGUUUCUAAAGCCUAGCACUUCCAGAAGAUUAGAAUAGCAUUUAUGACAAGUGUUUAAGACUGAGAAUACUGUAUUUGAAUCUGGUCAGUUAGUGUAACAAGGGAUUUUUAUCGUUGUGCAUUGGGAUAAUGUUAUCUGGCCAACUCUACAUUCAAAAGAAACUUGCAACUGGAAAUUCACGGAAGGCACAAAUUGUCCUUUUUUUUUCAAAUAGGUCAACGUUAACUCUGCUCGAUUUUAUUCAGUGUUUUAAUCUCAUACUAAAAGCUGCUUUUUCUAUGUGUGUGUGAACAGUUAAAACUGUGCAGUUGCUGUUUAGAUGGAUCCUAUGAAAUGUAAUGCUGUUUUAUGCCAGGUGUUACCAUAUGCCUUAAAUGUUUAAUAAAAUGCAUACAUAAAACCCAAAA